UAGUUCUCCUCAACAAAAUCAUUUAUUUAUACAUUUUUGUACUUAAUCUUUUAAUCAUGAAAUGAUAACAUGUGAGCCCGCAUAUUAAACUAAACAUGAAAAAGCUCCACCACAAUAAAUAAUGUUUCGAAUUUUCUGCGUGAGAAUUCAUACUCAUCCUUCAUUUCUCUUUUGAAAAGUAUAGGAUAUAUGUGUACGUGAGACAUGUCUUUGACUAAUUUAUAAUUAUUCAUGUAAUCCAAAAGUAAAGUUGCAUUAUAGCCCUAGAUUUAUUAUUCCCUAACAAAACAUGCACUAUCUAUAUAAACGGAUCACAUAGUCCUAUUCUUGCUGCAUCACAAAGUAAUAGGCAAUUCUAGAAAGCAAAUAAUUAAAUGUCGUCAAAAGUUAGUGCCCCCAUUUGCCUGGCAGUGUUCUUCUUCCUCUUCUUCACCUUCACAUAUGCAGGAAGACAUGGCCCAGUUUCUUCCCCUAUUAUUUCAAGCAAUAAUCAAUAUGAGGUUUUGGAAGAUGACAAGGUCGACAUAGAGGAGAAUUGUAAAAGUAUUAGUGAAGAAGAUUGUUUGAUGAGAAGAACACUUGUAGCUCACACGGACUAUAUCUACACACAGAAGGAAAAACCAUAGGUUCAAAGAUGGUUUUCUACACCUUGUUGUAAUUUUAUGUAUAAGUAGCUAGCUAUAGUUUUCGUAUGCAAAUUAAUUUUUGACCUUUGAUCAGGUAGUUUAAUUAACUUGUUUUCCAAUUCGUGUAGUUGCAGACAGAAGAAUCUUAAAUUUUGUGUUACAUGUGUGUUUCUUUUUAUUUCAUAAUGUAAGCCAGUGUGUAUACUAAUUUUGGAAGAUAAAUAUUUUGAUAUAGUAUUUUAAUUUAGUUUAUACAUAA